GAAAAGUUGUCCCGGCCAGAACGCUCGCUGCCGCGGGAUCCGGAGCCGCCGCGGCCCGCACCCGGCAGGGCGGGGCGCCGCCACCCGAGCCGCGCCGCGCCGAGCCGGCCGACUCGCUGCCGGGGUCGCCCCGGGACAUGGAACAGCCGGCGGGAUCGGCUGGCGGGCGCUGCGCCCCAGGCGGGCGGCGGGCGGCCUGAGCUGCGGGACGCAGGAUGCGCUUCGACGGCGCGGCCCCCGGGCCGGCGGCGCCGCUGUGCGGGGCCCUGAGCCUGGUGCUCGGAGCGCUGCUGGGCAGAGUGACCGAGGGCCGCGGGGCCCCCGACGGCGGCCAGCAGUUCUCCUCGCUGCCCCCCUACCUGCCCGUGAGCUACCGCGUCCUAGGGGCCGAGACCGCCUUCUUCCUGCAGGAGGCCCGCCGGGACCCCUCGCGCAACUGCAGCCUGCGUGCCAGGGCGGAGUCCUUCUUCACCUACCGCGCCCGGGGGCCGCCGCGGCUGAGCGCCAGCUAUGGGCCCUUCUCCGUGGAGAAGGCCGUGCCGCUGGACUGGACGUCGGCCUCCAACUCACUGGGCCCCGCCGAUCAGCUGGGUUUCGGCUGGACGCUGAAGGCCCACGUGCUGCAGGACAGGAUCUACCCGGCCCGGCCCACCGUGCAGGUCCUGUUCCACGUCGUGGGCCGCGACUGGGCCGAGGGCAGCCCCGCGGAGCAGCUGCCCUGCCUGAGGGUGUUCGCCUUCCGGGAGACGCGGGCCGUGCGGGGCGGCUGCCGGCCAAGCGGCGAGCUGGGGCUGUGCGUGGCCGAGCUGCGGCUGCCGGCCGGCUGGUUCGGCGCCCCCGCGGUGGUGGCCGGCCGGAGGAAGCCGGGGCCGGCGGCCGAGGGCAGCACGGUGGAGCUGUACUACGCCGUGCACGCGGGCGAGGAGCCCGGGGACUGCGCCAGCGGGGACGCCGGGAAGGGCAAUGCCAUCCGCCCCGGGAAGGGCGGCCUGGGGGACAGCCUGUCCCACCUGCAGAGGGUCGGCGCCGUGGGCCUCUGCCAGGCCCCGGACAGCAGCGACCACCAGCUCAGUGAGCUGCGUCUGGAUGGCAACGUGGCCGUCUGGCUGCCCUCCCGUCAGGUCAGACCAGGGGACGUGGUCACGGCCUACGUCACCGUCGCCGGCAACGCCACCGUGGACCUCUUCAUCUUGAGGGCCAAGGUGAGGAAGGGCGUGAGCAUCCUGAGCGCCCGGACCAGCGAGCCUCAGCAGUGGGACGUGCGGCAGGAGGUGGGAGACGCCGGGAAGCACGCCACGGCCACCGUGGUGUGCCGGCGCCUGGGGCCCAGCACACGCGACAGAGGCAACGCCUCGCCCCGCGAGGUCGUGCAGGUGGACUUCCAGGUAGCCAGCGCCAGCGGCCUGUCGGGGACACAGCCCGUCAGCUGGCAGGUGGAGUACCCGCUCCAGGGGGCCACGGCCGUCGCCGCGUCCGAGAUCUUCGUCAGCCAGAGGGACCUGGUGGGCAUCGUGCCCUUGGCCAUGGACACCGAGCUCCUGAACACGGCCAUCCUCACGGGGAAGACGGUCACCUUGCCCGUCAAGGUGGUGUCCGUGGAGGAGAACGGCGCGGUGGCCGACAUCUCGGAGUCCGUGGAGUGCAGGUCCGCAGACGAGGACAUCGUCAAAGUGUCCGACCGCUGCGACUGCGUCUUCGUCAACGGCAAGGAGGUGAAGGGCAAGGUGGACGCGGUGGUGACCUUCACCUACCAGCACCUGCGCGCGCCCCUGCACGUCACGGUGUGGGCGCCCCGGCUGCCCCUGCAGAUCGAGGUCUCGGACACGGAGCUGAGCCAGGUCAAGGGCUGGCGGGUCCCCCUGGUGGCCAGCAGGAGGCCGGCUCCGGACAGCGAGGACGAGGAGGAGGAGGAGCGGCGGGGCCGGGGCUGUGCCCUGCAGUACCAGCGCGCCACCGUGAGGGUCCUCACCCAGUUCGUGUCCGAGGGCGCCGGCCCGUGGGGACAGCCGAGCCACCUGCUGGGCCCUGACUGGCAGGUGGACGUCACACACCUGGUGGCCGACUUCAUGAAGGUGGAGGAGCCCCAUGUGGCCGCCCUGCAGGACGGCGGCCGGGUCCUGGUGGGGCGGGAGGUCGGCAUGACCACCAUCCAGGUGCUGUCCCCGCUGUCCGACUCCAUCCUGGCGGAGAAGACGGUCACCGUGCUGGACGACAGAGUGUCGCUGGCAGACUUGGCCCUGCAGCUCGUGGCGGGGCUGUCUGUCACCCUGCACCCCGGCGCGGACAGCCGCGGGGCCGUCACCGCGGUGGCCACGGCCGAGGAGCGGCUGCGGGCCCCCAAACAGGAGGCCGUGGUCAGCACUUGGCUCCAGUUCAGCGACGGCGCUGCGACGCCCCUGGACAUCUACGACCCCGAGGACUUCACCCUGACGGCCACCUCCCUGGACGAGGCCGUGGUGUCGGUCCCCCAGGCCCGCUCUCCCUGGCGGCCCGUUGUGGUGGCCGAGGGGGAGGGCCAGGGGCCGCUGCUCCGCGUGGACCUGGCCAUCGGGGAGAGCUGCCAGAAAUCCAAGCGCAAGAGCGUCCUGGCGGCAGGUGUCGCCAACGUCAGGGUCAAGUUUGGCCAGAACGACGUGGACCCCAGCCCCGGAGGGGGAGGGGACGGCAGCGAGGCCGAGGUCGAGAACCAUGCCAGUGACCGGCGCCCCGAGGGCCAGGACCCCGAGCGCGCGGGCCAGGGCGGGCUCCUCCCGGGCAGCCCGUCCCUGGGGCGUGAGGAGGGGGCCCGCAGGGGCGGCCCCACGGCCAGGUCGCUGCUGGACAACCCGGUGGCCGAGAACAGCCGGCUGGACGGGGGCUGGCCGCCCAGGGAGGCCCCGCUGCCGAACAUCCCCAUCGACGUCAGCGACUUCCCGGCGCCCGCGGACCUCCCGCGGGCCGGGGCGGGGCCGGGCGCCCGCGGCCUGAGCGACCUGCAGAUCGGCAUGUACGCGCUGCUGGGCGUCUUCUGCCUGGCCAUCCUGGUCUUCCUCGCCAACUGCGCCGCCUUCGCCCUCAGGUACCGGCACAAGCAGGCGCCCCUGGAGGGCCCGGCCUCCGUGACCCACUCGCACGACUGGGUGUGGCUGGGCAACGAGGCCGAGCUGCUGGAGGCCGUGGGCCAGGGGCCGCCGCCGCCGGACGAGCACACGACCGUGCUGGACCGCGGGCCGGGGGCCUGCGCGGACGGCAGCCGCCUCCUGCUCAACGGCGGCUCCUCCCCGAGCCAGGGGCCCCGGCCCCCGGCCGAGUCGGGGGGCCGGCGGGGCCGGGACCAGAAGCAGGAGCCGCUGCGCUCCCCCGCCUGCAGGAGGAAGAAGGUGAAGUUCGCCUCCUUCCCUGCCGCGCCCCCCGACGAUGGCUGCCCCAACGCAAACUGCGUCCUCGGCGGCCACGACGAGGACAUCAAGUGGGUGUGCCGGGACCUGGGCCUGGGCGCGCCCGGGGAACCCAGGAACUGCCUCCUGGAGAAGCUCAAGGACAAAGUGUAGGCCCCUCAGCCCGAGGGCCCCGUGCCAGCCCCCCCCACAUCACUCCCAGGGUGGACCUGGGCCCCUGGCAUGGAGGUCGAGGGUCAGGGGGUGGUGAGUGGGGGCCCGCGGGGCCCCUUAUAGACCCUCUGGGGGGUUGGAAGCCACGGAGGGACCUUUUUUGUAAUCAGAGGUUUUUUAGCAGAGGAUGAGGGCAGAGCCGCGUGCGUCGGCAGAGGGACGCCGGGGACACGGGUGACCGAGACACGGGGCCGUGUCAGGCCCCCCGCGGGAGCCUGUGUCACGAGUCACAGUGCGACACGGUCAAGCCACCAAAGGCGACUGGUGGGAAAACGCCAAGAGACCAAUAAAAAGGGACAGACAUCACGUUGGUUUGUAUUUCUAACGAAGGAGCGUAAUUGAGAACCAGGGCCCACAAAAAGACAGCCCCAUCCCAGCUCAACGCCCCCUCCCCGGGGACAGUCCACACGGGGCUGGGGGGUCAGGGGUCCAGGGGUCCGUCCCCUCUGGGGACAGCCCCCGCGUUCCCAGACCUCACUCGCUCGCCUUCCCUUUUUCUGUGUUUCCGUUUCCCUUUUUUCUUUGGGUGUCCUGGACGUCCUCUUGAUUUCGAUUUAAUGUUGAUUUUCUGAGGAUCAGAUGGUGUGUUUUCCAUAGAUUAAACAUCAAUCACAUUCCUAUACAUUAGACGGACUCUCAGAAACGGUCGCUUUUAAUUCAUCCUUUAAGUAUGUUGGACCCCUCCCUCCACCACGGCCUCGUCGCUGGUUGCUGGGCAUUUCCACGUAAACGGAGUUCCCGGAGCGUCCAGGGGCCUGGCUGGACCCACAGGCACCGGCAGUCACGGGUGGCACGGGGCACAGCCGCCCUGGGGACACUGUCAGAGGCUGCUCACAGGGCGCACAGCCAGCAACAUAAGCCCAGUGGGGCCCUGACCCCCGGCCACUACAUGGCCCCUGCCAUGGGGGCCCUCCUCAUUCGGGGAUGUGGGGUCAGAGCCCCAAGGGGGCCCACCCCCAAGGGUGCUCGAUGUCCCCUCGCACGGUGGCUCUGUCGGGAUCGGGGCACCCACUGACACCAAGCGUGAACACAGAUGAAAACGGAGCGUUUUUAAGCUGCGUUCCCAGCUCUGCUGGGCGGGGGGCACCCGCACAGGCUGAAAAGGCAGAGGUCCGUGUGGGGUGCCAGCCAGUGGCGACGCGUGACCGCCAACCUGUGUGCAGCGCCCAGAGAACGCCUUCACCCGGAGGAGCGGCGCGUCCCGGGCCGAGGGGCCGCACCGGGGGCGAGGCAGCCCCUCCAGGACCCCGGCUCCGUGCGUCGUGGCCGCCGCCAGCACACCUGGUGGUCGGCAGGUGGUGCUCAUGGUCCCCAGGAUGUGUCUUGGUUUUAUUUUUGUAACCACUAGAAUCGAUGGCUAAGACAGAGUCCUCCAAGCCUCACCACGUUGGCUGGGCCGUUCAAGGAGAUAUUUCUAGCACAUACUGUAGACGAGGGAGGGAAAGGAGCUAUUUAUUUAUACCUGUGAUGUCAGUUGUCAUUAAAACGCGUUCCUGGCUUGA